GUGAACCAGUGACUAGGUUUAUAGAGAGAACAAAAAGAGGAAACCAAAGCCUGCUCUGCAUCACAAGACCCGACACAAUAGGAGCAUCUUUUACAACUUCAGCAUUUGGCUCGCAACGUAACUCUCCUAACAAUAAAAAAAAACAACAAGGAAACUAACAGGAUUUGAAACACUGAUCAGAUCUGAGGUGGAGCUCAGCUUGACCCUCCUCUCUGCAGCGCAAAACCAGACAACUUGUUCUCAAAGUGAAAAUGCUCUGGAGAUUGACUCUUGCCGUGGCUGUGGUGUGCGUCGGUGGCAUAUGCAAGUGUGUGAAGGCUGACGUGAUGAGCAGACUGAUCCUGCCGAGGGACUACGGGGUGAAACUGUGCGGGAGAGAGUUCAUCAGAGCGGUCAUUUUCACCUGCGGCGGCUCCCGCUGGAAACGGUCCACAGAGGGGGACAUAGAUCCCUUCCAGUGGAGUUCCCUCAGUGAUGUUACAGUGGAGGAAAACCAUCACACCUGGCAACCUGUCGCAGAGCUCACAGCAGAUAACCCUUCUCCACUCCGUAUCGGCUCCUCUUCUUACUCCCUGGCAGACCUCCUGGCUCUUUAUGGGGUCAGAGGAGACCGGCAGCAGCAGCAGCCGCCGAUGCUGAGUAACUUGGCUCUUCAGCCGUCCGCAGUUUUAGGCGAGCGAGACGGGAACCGAGCUGCAGCUGAUUGGCCCAUACCGAGCAAGAAGAAGAGGAACUUUUCUCUGGGCGUGGCGGGGAAGUGCUGUAACCAGGGCUGUACCAAGAAUGAUAUCGGACGCUUGUGCUGAGGCAGGGAGGAGAGGUGGGGGGAGGAGGAGUGAUGGGGGAUGGAGGAUGAAGAUGUAGGAGGAUAAAUUUGGAGGAGAGCAAGUUCACAUCUGCUAUUUAAUAGGCCUGAUAUUUUAAUAGAUAAUGUAAUAUUUUCUUUAUUCUCCUAACUUGUUUGAUAUUUUGUUUAAAAAAAGGAAAUGUAUGUCACCCUUUCAGCAUCAUUGAAAAUAAAUUUGAAAUA